GUAUGAGGUCGACGUUUACUUAAAGUAAUGGUAAAAAUGUGUUGUUGUUUGUUCACAUUGGACACCUUUUAUUAUUGACUGUCGGCAUAAGGCGGUAGCUUGACAAAUAUAAAUCUCUCAAACUUCCAAUGGAGAAACAAUUUGUUUGGUAAAGUUUCCCACAUUAUUGAAUAAAUAAACAGCAAAUGAUUCUUGCUUCAAUUUUUAAACGUUUUUCCCGAAAACAGAGUUUUAUUUACUGUUUUCGAUUCCAGAGAAAGCGUGUAAAUUUUUACGACCGAAAGUUAUACUUUUACCAAAGCGAAUAAAAAACUUUCGAAAUUAUGAGUGAAUUGAGAACAUAUUCAAAACAAAAUGCAAACAUUAUCAAUGGUGGAAAUGUGAGUUCAAGUGUGAAUAAAACUUUUAUAUUUGUCUGGAUGUGAAUAUUUUCGAAAUCAAAUGGAAUGGAAUGUUUUUAUGCAUUUUUGAGACGCUGGUAACGCUUGCAUUUAUUGUUUAUCAGAACGGAGAACAGAUAGUUCUUGGCUUGGAUAGACGUUUGACUGGAUUCGAUUUGUUGUCACACUCUCGAAACGAUUAUUUGUUCGCAGUGUGAAACAGCAAUUUCAACACAAUAAUGGAUUAUGCAAUUUCAACCCAUUCAAGUAUAUCCACAGAAUUCUCGUUGCAAAGCUCGCUUCCAGCAAUUAAUAUUAUGUCCGACGGAUCAACGAUACCCUUCUCCGGAACAUUUACAUCGACAAAUAGUACAACAAUGCCAUAUCAGUUCAGUAACGAGCACAAUUUAACGCAUCCCAUAAAGCUAUUGAAUCGAACAGUGGAUGCAUACACCUGUCCGUCGAAUGUAAUGCCAGCAGGCAACCUAAUGGCUAUGAUAUUAUAUGCAAUUGUCUGCAUCAUCGGCCUGUUCGGGAAUACGCUAGUCAUUUAUGUUGUUUUAAGAUUUCAAAAGAUGAAAACCGUCACGAACAUGUAUCUGUUGAAUUUGGCGAUAGCCGACGAAUGCUUUCUGAUUGGUAUACCGUUCCUUGUGGCCACAAUGUCCGAGGGACAGUGGAAUUUCGGUAAAACAAUGUGCAAAGCGUACAUGGUCAGCACAUCGAUAACACAAUUCACCUCGUCAAUUUUUCUAAUUAUCAUGUCAGCCGAUAGAUACAUAGCAGUGUGUCAUCCCAUUUCAUCGCCAAAGUAUCGGUCACCCUUUGUGUCUCGCUGUGUGACAUGUGCCGCAUGGACAGCGUCUGCUUUAAUAAUGUUACCCGUUUUACUGUAUGCAAAUACAAUUGAGAGAGGUGAAAUGAACAACAAUAAAACGUCUUGCAUCAUCGAGUGGCCCAAAGAGCACGUAGCAGGAUCGAACACAACGUUCAUAUUAUAUUCCUUUUUUCUCGGUUUUGCCAUUCCGUUGAAUUUGAUUUUUUGCUUUUAUUAUCUCGUUCUUCGCAAACUCCAGACCGUCGGUCCGAAAGCGAAAUCCAAAGAGAAAAAACGGUCGCAUCGCAAGGUAACCAAACUUGUCUUGACAGUGAUUACGGUAUAUGUGCUGUGCUGGUUGCCUCACUGGAUAUCACAGGUGGCACUCGUUAACUCUUCACCAGACACAUGCUACACACGACUCGAAAUUACAAUAUUCCUUCUGGUCGGAUGCCUCGGUUACAGUAACAGUGCUAUGAACCCAAUACUGUACGCAUUUCUUAGCGAUAAUUUUAGGAAAAGUUUUCUGAAAGCGUGCACAUGUGCAGCGGGUAAGGAUUUGAAUGCUCAACUGCAAAUGGAAAACAGUUUUUUUCCUCGUUUCGGUAAACGAAACUCGGAAAAGUAUUGUUCGACAACAAAGACGGCUGGCCAUACGAAUAAUAAAGAAAUCGGAAACGAGUCUGCUAUCGCUGUUGAUGGUGCAUCAGCUUCUGUUGCAAUAAAAACACCACCGACACCAGCCAUUGUUGUCGAUCGUCAUGAUAAUCCCAUUGUUGAACGACCGCCCGUAUUGCAUACGGAUUUAUAGACUUUGUUUUGCCAUUCAGCGUUAGAUAUUAUUCAAUUUCUUAUACGGAUAGAGAGAGAGAGAGAGAGAGAGAGAGAGAGAGAGAGGGUUAUGUUUCCAGCGCAAUGCAUUGGAAUUUAAUAUUGGAUAUUUGUUGAAAGAAUCAAAAAAUUUGAAUAUUUGAGAGAAAUUUGUUAUUUUAGUACUUAAAAUGUUUGCAUUUUGUUCCCAAGAAGAAGAAAUAGCUUAAAUAUUUAGUCGUUUAGGAUAACGGAUAACGAUAACACAGUGGAACAUCAGCUGAUUUCAAGUGGAUCCAUAAAUGUUCACAUUUUCCAAUUUCGAUAAAUAGUUUAAGGGAGCGAGAGCUUAAAAAUCAAAUUCAUCUCAAAAUGUAUUUUAUAGUGUUAGUGGGGAGUGUGUACACAGACAAAUUGUCAACAACGAAAUUCUUAAAAAUGAAAAUGAUGGGAGCUUCGGAACAGAUUGAAUUUUACCAGAAAUGAACAAGAAAAUUGAAAAUCUGAAAAUUUACGAACAGAGGGGGAAGCAAAUUAGUUUUGGAGAAAAAAAAAAUUGUUUCCUAGAAAUGGAAAACCGUUUUUCCAGCCGGAAAAGCCAUUUAUAUGAAAACAUUCGAAGUUGGAUAUCUCCGAGACUGCAAU